GCUGUGUAUCCCAUGACAACAUAGACCAGCUUCAAAAUUUUCACAAAAUUGUUCACCACCGUUCCGUGUAUACGUGGCUAAAGUUUUGUCCGACUAUUUACUCUGGUCGUUUGCAGUUAGUUAUUGAUUUCGUGAAAUUUGCUUGUCUACUUGUAACAAAAUGCCUCAUUCCGCCCAUGAUGUGCCUUUGGGUGUCGCAAUAAUUCGAAAAUUUGGAAGUUGUUUUUGCCCAAACUUUAGAGGAUCAAGACCGUUCAUAUACCGAACAUCUAUAUUGUUACUAACAUUCUUCACCUACACAGCAUAUCACAUGUCAAGAAAACCAAUCAGUGUUGUAAAGAAUGUUUUGAGUCAGAAUUGCAGUGGUUUAAUUCCUCCACCUGGAACACACAUUGACGAUGACAACAAAGACUCUUGGUGUGAUUGGGCUCCAUUUGAUGGAAAAAAUUCACAGACCUUGCUAGGUACCCUGGAUUCGGCCUUCCUUUUUGCCUACGCAGCCGGCAUGUUUCUUAGUGGAUUCAUUGCUGAGCGAGUAAAUUUGCGCUAUUUCCUGGCGUUGGGCAUGCUCACGUCAGGUUUUUUCACCUACCUAUUCGGCGUAUCUUACUCGCAAGGUAUCCACUCGUUACCUUACUUCUUCAUAGUCCAGACGAUAGCUGGUUUUGCCCAAUCCACUGGAUGGCCCGGUGUAGUGACUGCAGUCGGUAACUGGUUUGGAAAGGGAAAAAGAGGUCUCAUUUUCGGCAUCUGGAACUCUCACACUUCGGUUGGUAACAUCUUGGGCUCCCUUAUCGCCGGCCACUUUGUCGAGAGCAAUUGGGGAAUGUCCUUCAUUAUUCCCGGCGCUAUCAUCGGCUUCAUGGGUUUCAUCAUCUUCCUGUUUUUGGUGACUGACCCGCGCUCAGUUGGGUGCCAUCCUCCUGAUCACCACGGAAAUCGGCAGGAAGAGAUUCGCAGUGGUUAUUCAAGUAUUGAAGAUGAAAGUAGCAGUCCCGGUCGCAACCGGAAUAUGCGUCUCUAUGCCAAUGGUUCCACCAGCUCGUCGGCCAGCUCGUCCAUCACUAUUGACCCCGAACGGGAAUCGUUGUUAACGCCGACUGACAACAGCGUGGAUUCCACCGAAGUUGGUACUCCCGAUAAAGUGCCUUCUGAAAUCACCAUUUCCAGCGCUGACAUCCUGGCAAAGGCGCCGGUCAGCCUCAACAAUCCCGACUUCCACCGGAGGGAGAAAGCUAUUGGAUUUAUUCAAGCUCUUCGCAUUCCGGGCGUGAUUGAAUUCUCCUUGUGCCUCUUCUUCGCCAAGCUCAUCAACUAUACCUUUCUUUUCUGGUUGCCACGGUACAUCAAUGCAUCCACAUCCUUCGAUGCCUCCGAGAGCGCAGAUUUAUCGACACUCUUCGACGUGGGUGGCAUUGUGGGCGGUAUCAUUGCCGGCGUAUUGAGCGACGUUACUGGCAUGAGUGCCGUAACAUGCGCCGUUAUGUUGGUCGUGGCUAUUCCCAUGCUCUUCAUCUACCAAACGUUUGGAACGAUAAGUCUGGCGUCCAAUAUUCUCCUUCUCAUGUCUGUCGGCUUGCUGGUGAAUGGUCCCUACGCCCUAAUCACAACGGCAGUCUCGACCGAGUUGGGUACUCAUCAGUCGCUUCGGGGAUCUGCACGUGCCCUAGCCACCGUUACUGCCAUUAUUGACGGCACUGGGUCAAUCGGAGCUGCUGUUGGUCCUCUAAUAGCUGGAACGGUCUCCGACUACGGUUGGGACAAUGUCUUUUAUAUGCUAAUGGUUGCGGAUGUCAUCGCUCUAGUCUUACUGUCUCGCCUGGUCAAACACGAAAUUGAGCGGUUCCGCGAGCGACGACGGGAGAUGCGCUUUAAGCGAGAGCGUAUGGCCUAACUUUUGUAGCCUAAGGGCAGACGGACAGAGGAGUCGUCCUCGACACUACUUGACGUUUGGCCUCGUUUAUUCAUCCUUUGUUUUAUAUCAAAAAAAGAAAGUUCAUGAUUGGCUUUAUACCAUCAUUACGGAGAAAAAUAAUUAAGAAAAUAAUUAAUGUUUGUUCGCUAAGUGAACUUUUUCGGUGGAUCGGCUUGUUUUGAUCGGCUUUACAUUCCUUUCAUGCUCGGUCUGCCCUUCUACUCUCUUUAUUGUCUCCCCUUUUUAUGCAAAACAAAAGAAGACGAAAAAAAAAGUGCCCAAAAUGGAACAUUGUUGUUGUCAUCCCUUUUUCUCCACUGUGGAUUUGCAUACCAAGUGCACGCGUGACAACUGGUGGGGACUACGCAGACAAGCCUUCUUCCUUCCUCCAAAUUCAGUUCACAAUUAUAUAUAAUUAUUAUUAUCAUUGAAAACCGAUUUCCUCCCACAUCCUGUUUGUGCACAUUGUACAGAGCACAAGUUUUUCGUAGAGUGUUUCCCCCCCCGCCCUCCCCUUUUUCCACUCAUUCUUUUUUGUUGAUUGAAAAAAGCCGAGAUUCCCUCGUGAGUUAAUAUAGAUCGAUUCACCGUUAUCUUAGUGACCCCUCAAAAAAGCUGGACAGAAUUUUCAAUUUUUUACAUCCCUUAUUAUUAUUCUGCCUUAUUUUUUUUUCCUUUCUCUUUCAACUUGCCUGUGUGUUUGGUGGUGAAUGUGUGCUAACGUUUGCGUCAUAAUGUGUGUCUGGUGGGGGCAAGGCGAGAGAGGAAAGAAACUGUGCUUUCAUUGAGAAAAAAAAACAAAGCGUGAUGGCCAUUCCGCCAAACAUGUCUCCCAACGACCCGACUGAUGAAAUCUAAAAUUGAUGGUAUCUAAAUAAAAAAUAUAUUAAAGAA